UGAGAGAGCACCUUGGAGGAUGGUUGGUAACGUUAACCAGGGGAAAUGCAGGACGGACAUUGGGUCUGACCUACGAGAAGCGGCAGUUCCGUAAGCCUCAGGCAUCUGAGUGGGCUGAAGAUUUCGAUGGCUGGCUCAAUGGCUUGGUUGCUCCCUCUGAUCCUGGUCUCCUGGGCCACUGUUUUGGCAGCUGAAGGCCAAAAUCCUGCUCCUCCACAAGUGCUUACCAAGAAUGGGAAGCUCCAGGGCCAGCAGGUCCAAGUCAAUGGUGCUGAGAGAAAGGUGGAUGUUUUCCUUGGAGUCCCCUAUGCAAAGCCACCUCUUGGGCCAUUACGGUUUUCCCAACCGCAGCUGGCAGAACCUUGGAGCAAUCUAAGAGAUGCAACUUCCUACCCACCAAUGUGUCUGCAGGAUCCAGAGGUGGGACAAAUGCUGUCAGAUAUGUUUACUAACAAAAAGGAAAAGGUCUCUUUGAAUAUUUCUGAGGAUUGUCUGUACUUAAACAUCUUCACCCCGGCUCAUUCUGACAAGAACAGCAAGUUACCAGUGAUGGUCUGGAUCCAUGGAGGAGGAUUGUUGGUGGGUGCAGCGUCCACAUACGAUGGGUCUGCGUUAGCGGCUUUUGAAAACGUGGUGGUGGUGGCGAUUCAAUACCGGCUGGGCAUUCUGGGUUUUUAUAGUACUGGUGAUGAGUUUGCACGUGGAAACUGGGGCCUCCUGGAUCAAGUGGCAGCUCUCCAGUGGAUCCAAGAGAACAUUGCAUUCUUUGGAGGAGAUCCUGGAUCAGUUACUAUAUUUGGAGAGUCUGCAGGUGGAUUCAGUGUUUCUGCCCAUGUCAUAUCUCCUCUGUCAAAGGGUUUGUUCCACAAAGCCAUCUCUGAAAGUGGCGUUUCUGUCAUGGAUGCUAUCAUAGAGGUUAAUCCACAAGAGUUUGCAAAGAAAAUUGCUGCAACCGCUGAUUGUCCGACAUCCAGCUCAGUCGAGAUGAUUCGUUGCCUCAAGGGAAAGACGGAGAACGAGAUCCUACAGACGACUCUCAAGAUGGAUUUCACCAGAUUGCAUCUUGGCGCAGAAGAAAAACACACUGUGUUCUACAUUGCAAGUGUUGAUGGUGUAUUUCUUCCAAAAAAACCCAAGGACCUCCUUGAAGAGAAAAGGAUCAAUAAUGUUCCAUACAUCAUAGGCGUCAAUAAUCAUGAAGGAGGAUGGAUUAUUCCUAAUAUGCUGCAGUUGCCGGAUGCCACGAAGGGGCUUGACAGAGAGAUGGUCACUCUUGUGCUGCGCAGCUCAGAGCAAAUCUUGGGUGUUGCUCCGGAGCACGUUCCUAUAGUUGCCAAUGAAUAUCUGAAGGAUGUUAGUGACCCUGUACAGCUCAGGGACCAACUUCUCGAGCUGCUAGGAGAUGUGGUAUUUGUGGCUCCAGCCAUUCUAACAGCGAAUCUCCACAGAGAUGCUGGUUACCCAGCCUAUGUGUAUGAAUUUCAGCACCGUCCAAGUUCAUCCUUGGGCUUUAGACCAGACUAUGUUAAAGCGGACCAUGGAGAUGAAAUUGUCUUUGUCUUGGGGAAACCUUUCUUAGCAGGUGAUGCUACAGAGGAAGAGAAAAGGCUGAGCAAAACUGUGAUGAAGUAUUGGGCUAAUUUUGCUCGCAGUGGGAACCCGAACGGUGCUGGCCUGGUGAACUGGCCCCUGUACGAUGCGGCUGAACAAUAUUUGGAAAUAGGCUUAAAGCAGAAGCCGGCAAAGAAGCUGAAGGAGCAAGCUGUUAACUUUUGGACCAGGAUCUUACCUGAAAAAAUAGCUGAAAUCCAAAGGCGAACUGAAUUAUAAAUCCUUAACCAGGCUCAGGUUGCUCCAACACAGGAGAUACUUUUUGUUUCACUGGAAAUGAUUUCACAGAGAAUUGUUAUCCACAGUU